GGCGGGACCGACUGGGUCAGAAUGUGAGAACGAAGUACCUGACAACACGGAGUGCUUACUGUAGUUCUACUUCCGGCCUUAUUUAUCGUUCUGCUCUGAAUGUUCAAAUGUCUGAGGAUCAGGAAGCACAGGAUGAUGAACUGCUGGCUUUAGCGAGCAUUUAUGAUGCAGAAGAGUUUCGCCGAGCCGAGUCAAGCCGGGAAGGAGAAAUCCAUCUGUGUCUCGAGUUGCCUUCUGACUUCAAGUUGCUGGUCAGCGGGGAGAGAUGUGUGGAGUACGACGUCUCCUUUCUGCCUCCUCUGGUCUUGAGUUUCGAGCUUCCUGUCGAUUAUCCUUCCUCAUCAGCGCCAGCGUUUACGCUGAGCUCCAAAUGGCUCUCCAGACUCCAGCUGACAUCUCUGUGUAAACGUCUGGAUGACCUGUGGCAGGAGAAUCAGGGCAGCGUGGUGCUCUUCACCUGGAUUCAGUUCCUCAAGGAAGAGGCUUUGGAAUUCAUGGGUCUGCAGUCUCCUCUGGAGAUCCCCAGUAGUAGCAGCAAAUAUCCUCAGCUGGAGUGCUGCAGAACUGAUGGAGCCCCCAAGCGAGCCGAGAACACAGGGGCGGAGAGGAAGAAGUCGGCAGAGCUGGACCCCCGCGCAGUUCUGGAGGCGGAGCUGCACACUGAUCUGCUGCGUCAGCUCCUGGACUUUGACGAAGCUCAGCGGCAGAAGGUUUUCGACAGUAAGGUCUUCUGCUGUGGGAUUUGCUUCUCCGAGAAGCUGGGCUCCAGCUGCGUGCUCUUUAAAGAGUGUCAGCACGUUUACUGCAGGACCUGCAUCACGGAGUACUUCCGGAUCCAAAUCCGAGACGGCAAAGUCCAGUGCCUUACAUGCCCUGAGCCGGAGUGUACCUCUGUAGCCACGCCUUCCCAGGUGAAGCUGCUGGUUGGGGAGGAGGAGUUUGCACGCUACGAUCGCUUGUUGCUGCAGAACAGCCUGGACAUGAUGGCGGAUGUUGUGUACUGCCCUCGCACUUCCUGUUGCAUGGCUGUGAUGCUGGAGCCCAACGCCACCAUGGGCCUGUGUCCAUCCUGUCGCUACGCCUUCUGUACGCUGUGCAAGCGCGCCUACCACGGCCUGUCGCACUGCCCACCCACCGUCCAGGAGCUCACUAACCUGCAGGAGGAGUACCUGAAUGCCUCUGAGGAGGACAGAAAGUUCUUGGAGCAGCGUUUUGGGAAGCAGGUGAUCAACCGAGCUAUAGAGGAGUCCUUCAGUCAGCAGUGGUUGGACGAGAACUCUAAACUCUGCCCUCACUGUAGCUGUCACAUUCAGAAGAUGCAAGGCUGCAACAAAAUGACCUGCUCCUCCUGUCACCAGAACUUCUGCUGGAUCUGCCUGGCUCCUCUGUCUCGAGUGAACCCCUACAGUCACUUCAACAAUCCCAACGUACCCUGCUUCAACCAAUUGUUCCAGGGUGUAGAUGAUGAUGAUGAUGAGUAUUGGAGUGAUGAAGAUGAGUGAAAGAGUUCAGCGCCACCACCGGGAGGAAUGUUAUCAGCGCACUGAUACCUGCUGUGUCCAUCCCCUCACUUUAUCUCCAUUUAAAAAAAACUUUUCAGUUGUUCCAAAAUGCAGUUACUGAUCAGAUUGUUGAAGGGGGUUAAGAAAAGCUAAAAAACAAAAAUGCUGCUUGUUAUUUGUUUGAAGAGAAGCAGUUCGAGGCCCUCUUGAGUUGAGUAAUUUUAUCAGAGCAUGAAAACAACAGACUUGUCCUAAAACCAUUCUUCAGAUAAUCUCCUGUGUUCAUGAUCAGCAUGUUCCCAGUUACACAAAGAGCACGAGUUCCUUAUGUUCUGUUUCCAAGGUUAAGACUUUUGUACCCGUCGCGGUGAAGACUGAGUAUUCGCCUAAAUUCUGAAAUUACCUAAUUCCUUAUUAAUUCUCUAUUUUUCUUUUUUCCUUGUUAAGGCUUUAUUGAGAACAUAAAGUUAUAUGCAGAUAUUUGUGUAAACAUGCUGGCCACAAUAAACAGAUCUAUCGGCCUGAUGAA